AUGUCCAUGGCCGACCACGUCAUCCGUGUCCAAGCCGAUCUUGGCGAGCUGGGAGAAUUCUACAAUAUUGAUAUUGCCCCUCGACGAUACGAAGCUUUAGAAAACUAUCACGAAAAUGAGCUAGAGCUUCUCACCGAGAUCGACUUUGAUGGGCUUGACCAGGAGGGCAAGGUGGACUACAUCAUGCUCCAGACCUUUCACACAAGGCAACUCAACAACUUGGAUCUUGAAAAGGCUUCGCAAGAAAAGUUUUAUCCUCUUUUGCCUUUUGCAGAUGAUCUUAUCGGACUUCUCGAGGCCCGUCAAGAUGUUGAGCCGAUGAAAGCGAAGGAAACUGCAAAGACCAUCAACGACAUUACAAAGUCCAUCUCAGAGGUCCAGACAAAGGUUGAGGGUGGCAAAUUCAAUGUUACAGAGACUACUGGUUAUCUUGCUUCAAAGGCCAUCCAAGGCCUUCUUGAGCAUUUUGCAGAAUGGUUUACCUUUUACUCGACUUAUGAUCCCCUGUUCGACUUUUGGGUCACGACGCCAUGGCAAACUGCAAACUCCACGCUGGGUGCAUACCUAACCGUUGUGGAGACAAAGUUGGCCGGAAUGAAUAAAGAAGAUGGAAAAGAUGCCAUCAUCGGAGAACCCAUCGGUCGCAAGGGCUUGGAAGUCGAGCUCGAAGCUGAAAUGAUUCCAUACACUCCCGAGCAGCUCAUCGAGAUUGGCAACCAGGAGUUUGAGUGGUGUGAGAAGGAGAUGAUCAAGCAGUCCGAGGCAAUGGGAUACGGAAAGGACUGGAAGAAAGCUCUCGACCAUGUCAAGAACGACUACAUGGACCCUGGCAAGCAGACCGAGCUGGUGGGCGAGCUGGUUGUUGAGGGAAGCCUCUUUGUCACUGAGCGCGACCUUGUCACUGUUCCUCCGCUGGCCAACUCAACCUGGCGCAUGUCCAUGAUCGAAGCUGAACGUCAGAAGGUGUCUCCCUUCUUCUUGGGCGGACCAACCAUCCAAGUGUCGUACCCGGUCGUGUCGAUGGAACACGACCUGAAGCUCAUGGUGAUGAGGGGCAACAACAAGCACUUUGCCCGUGCCACGGCGUUUCACGAGAUGUUCCCAGGGCAUCGUUUACAGCUGUACAUGGCGGAUAGAUACAACUCUCACAGGCGAUACAUUUUUGACACGCCCUUCUUUGUUGAGGGCUGGGCUCUGUACUGGGAGAUGCUCUUCUACGCCAGGGACGAUUUUCACCAUUCGCCAGAGGGUAGAAUUGGAGCUCUUUGGUGGCGAAUGCACCGCUGCCUGCGCAUCAUCUUUUCUCUCAAGUUCCACCUCGGAGAGAUGACGGCGCAGGAAGCAGUGGACCUCUUGGUUGAUAGGAUCGCCCAUGAGAGGAGCAACGCCGAAGGUGAGGUGAGACGGUCGGUCGAGGGAAGCUACUCGCCGCUCUACCAGGCUGGGUACAUGCUGGGCGCUCUCCAGCUGUGGAAGCUGAGGGAGAUGGUGGUGGACACGAAGGAGAUCUCGGAGAAGGAGUAUCACGACGCAAUCUUGAAGACGGGGAUGCUACCUAUCGAGAUGGUCAAGGCCUUGAUCACUGGCGAUGAACUGUCACGGGACUUCAAGACAGAGUGGAAGUUCUAUGACUUUGAUUGA